AUGAUGUGUCUAUCCAAAGCAUCACUCUUGUUCUUACAUGUAUGUAUUUUCAUUUGUGGAGAAACUAUACAAGGUAGCUGUGUUCAUCAUUCUGAUUCUCUAGUAGAUAGCAAUGUAGAAGAUAAAGCUCACCUCAAAGAUGAAAGUCAAAGGAGCAAUACCGUGUGCAAGGAAGACUGUAAGGAGUCACGUGAUGCUAAGACCAAAGUAACUGGAGAAGAAAGACAUUUUAUGUGCAGGAAGAGCCAGGGGAGGCAGCGAGGAAGGCACCAGAGCCUUCAGGACAGUGAGAGCAGAGCUGCAGGGACAGACAGCACAGAAGUUAAUGAGCUCAUGAAUCGAAUUCUCCUUUUGACUACAGAGGAUUUUAGCAAACAGCUGGAAUCUUUUCGCCAGCCCAUGCAGUCACAUGAUUUGGAUUGCACUGAUAUUAAAGAUUCAAUUAGCUCUGUCACCAGAACCCCUAGUGGUUUAUAUAUAAUCUUUCUAGAAGGAUCUAGCUACCCAUUUGAGGUAAUGUAUGACAUGGAUUUCAGAGGAGGAGGAUGGGCAGUAGUUCAGAAAAGGCUCAAUGGGACAGUUGACUUCCAGAGGCCAUGGUGUGAUUACCUGGAUAGAUUUGAAGACCUUUUAGGAGAAUUUUGGCUAGGACCGAAAAAGAUUUUUUACAUAGUAAACCAGAAAGAUUCCAUUUUUGUGUUUCAUGUGGCCCUGGAGUCCGAGGACGACACCUUGGCUUAUGCUUUAUAUGAUAAUUUUUGGCUCGAGGAUGAAACACAAUUUUUAAAAAUACAUUUAGGACAAUAUUCAGGAAAUAUGGGUGAUGCAUUUCGGAGCUUCAGGGAAGAUGAUAACCAGAAUACAAUGCCUUUCAGCACAGAUGUUGAUAAUGAUGGGUGCCGCCCUGCUUGUCAGUCUGUGAAGAGCUGCAGUCACCUCCAUAACAACAUUGGCUGGUGCUUCAACCAGUGAGGUCUCACGAACCUAAAUGGCAUCCAUCGCCUUCCUGGAAAACUGCGUGCAAUUGGAAUUCAGUAGGGUACAUGGACCGAAAACAAUUCUGCUGUCAAUAUUAAAUCUGCCUCAGUGAAGACUAGAAGAACUUACAACCCCUAUUUUAAGUAGUCUUAUUUUAAACUGUAGCACAAUUUCUAUAGUUAUUUUUGAAAAUGUGCUAAAACUUUUUUGUACAGAGUUUCUUUCUUACUUAGAGUUUAACAUAUUAGCCAAAAUUGAAUUGAAUAUAGAUGUCAUCUUAGUGCUAUGAGUUUAGUUAGUAAACUUCAGUUUUGCAGCACUUAUAAAAGCAAUCACAGCGCAUCAAGAUUAAAGAGCCGUGACACAAGGCUUGGACUCAUGCAGAGCAAGGCUGGGGAGAAGAGUGGAAGGGGGUGAUGGUAUUUCUGGGAAAGCCUGAGGCCUGUUUGCUGAGCUGGAGUGGGGUUGGUGGAAAGUCUGUAACUGCCGACCUCAAAGGCUCUGGGCUAACAAAGACAGCACAGCUCCUCAGAACUCAGACUGCUCUUCUUCCAUUGUACCCCUCAGGACACUUAAGGGGUUCUGCGGAGAGUUUCAUAGCCAGAACACCAGCUGUGCUCUGACCGUUUGCUCUGAUAGCGGGCUCAGGCGAUCUGGUGGAAGAAAAGGAAGAAAGCGUAUAAGAGCCAGAGGGGAUGGAGGACCAAGAAAACAUGCCUUUUAAACAACAGCAUCAAAGCACGUAUGACAUCAUAGAGACUGAGGCAGCAUGCACAGGGCCUGCAUGGUUUGCAUGGUGGGUCCUAGAGUUUAAUGGAGAAGUGGACUCAUGCACCCAUCCCUAACCCAGGAUCUGUCUCCAAGUGAUAACCACUUACAUGAAAAUAUGGUGUUCUCCAAGGUGAUCUCACUGGGGAAACAAACUAUUCUUAAGGGCAGGCUGCAAGCCCAGCAGUAAGUAGAUGGCCAGCAGAAAAUGAGCUCAGAGGAAUCUUUAGAGGUUCCUUGUCUUAUAAUGCUGUGGCAGGGCUUUUCCUUUUUAGUUCCUUUUUUAAUUUAAAUUUAUUU